AUGGAAUUCACAUUUGUGGAGUGGCUCUUUGCAAGAUCUUUAGCCAGGCAUCGGCAAGCUCGAGAUCCAUCACUGUGGGGCCCAGUCCCUUCAGUCAAGGUGCUGAAGGUGCAGAAGAUUGAGAGCAGGACAUUUCUUCAACGGUAUAUGCAACGACGCGGAGAGCUCUUGGAGCAAAGGGCCGGUCAAAGUUGCGAAGCUUUGCGAGACAUCAGGACGAUGAUUGGAAAGUCUCUCCAGAAUCGACGAUCCAUUGAAGAAGUUUGUCAUUGCCCAGACUCUGGGGUGAACCUCAAUGAAGUGCUCCUUUUUCACGGAUCACCCAGUGCAAAGAUCAACGGAAUCUUGGCCAAUGGCUUUGAUCCUAGAUAUGCUGGCGAGGGCACAGGCGCGAUGUUUGGUCAAGGGACCUAUUUCGCUCACAAUGCCUCCAAGUGCUUUCGCUACGGAGACGAUGAUGCAGCCGAAACUGGAGGUUUGCGCCAGACUGUGCUUCUUGUCAGGGCCUUGCUUGGCGCCCCGUAUUACCAGGACUACAUGUCCCCAGAUCAAAGGAUGCCACCCGCCAACAGCGACUCUGUGGUAGUCCUAACGAGAGCUGAGGGAGGAUGUGUUGAUCACCGUGAGUAUGUCUUGUACGAAGGGGCUUCUUGUUUGCCAGUUUACCUGAUUGAUUUCGAGCACCUUCCUGCUUGCGGUUGCCUGAUGUGUGGCUGGUAA